GUCCCUCCCGGCCCCGUCGGAGCGCGGCGGGCGCGGGGCAGCGGCAGCCGGGGCGGGCCGGGCCAUGGCCCCGCACCAGCCCAGCGCCGGGCCCUUCCUGCGCUCCGACAGCGGCGGCUCCGACACCCCCAUGCUGCCGGAGGGUCCCGACCCCGCUCCCGGGGCCGGCGGGGCGCGGGGGGGGCGGCGGCGGCGGCGCUGCGGGCCCCUGUGGGGCAGCGUGGCCGUGAUGGCCAUCCUCGCCCUGCAGAUCGCCUCCACCACCGGCCUCUUCGUCUACUUCACCAUGGCCAUCUCCAAGCUCAAAGCCCAGGUGCCGGGGAGCGCGGAGGAGCUGCGGUGCCUGCAGGUCCUCAAUCGGCAGCAGGAGGGCUCCAGCCUGGAGGAGCUGAUCAGCAACCAGUCCUGCCUCAAGCUGGCCAACACCAUCAAAGCCUACGUGGCCACGGUGACGGAGAAUGUCAUCCGCCGGAGCGCGGUGAAGGAGGCCCGGCGGAGCUACUUCAACGCCUCAGAGGGGCAGGUUCCUCCCAAAACGGCCGGCAAACCCUCGGCACAUCUCACCCUCCGCCCGCAGAGCCUGGCCCAGGGUGGCAACUCCAAGCGCUUCGGGAACCUCUCCCAGUCCUGCCGCCACGCCAUCGCCCGCUGGGAAGACAGCACCAUCCACUCCCACCUGCAGAACAUCACCUACCGGGACGGCCGGCUGCGGGUCAACCAGGCGGGCAAGUACUACGUCUACUCCCAGAUCUAUUUCCGCUACCCCAGCGACGGGGCCGGCGCCCGCGUCUCCGUCCCCCAGCUCGUCCAGUGCAUCAACUGGAAGACGUCCUACAGCCAGCCCAUCCUCCUGCUCAAGGGGGUCGGCACCAAGUGCUGGGCGCCCGAGGCGGACUACGGCCUCCACGCUCUCUACCAGGGCGGGCUGUUCGAGCUGAAGGCUGGCGACGAGCUCUUCGUCUCCGUCUCCUCCUUGGCCAUCGACUACAACGACGCGGCCGCCAGCUACUUCGGGGCCUUUCGGCUCGACCUGUGAUGGCCGCCUCCGCCUCCCGCCUCCCCGCUGCUCCCGGGGCGGCAGCUUUCCAAACCGGACAACAGCCGAACGGCCGGGGAAUGCCAGGCGCGGGGUCCGUGCCAGCGUGCCUUGUCCCUCGCAGCGAGGGACGAGCCAGAGGAGGGCACGGGGGAUGGCUGCCCGCAGGGACUCGCAGUGCUCGGUGCCAUUCCAUCCAGCCAGGAGGAAGCCCACCAUCCGGGAAGGGUCUCCGAGGGCCUACAAAGAGACAUGCACAGGGGGGGACAUCCCGGCCCCGGGGGCACAUCACCUCCCUGGCUCCUGUCUGAGCAAAUGGAGAGGGGUAGCACCGAAUGUGUCCCUGCUGCAGGAGAGGCACUGGGGUCACAGCGGCCGCUGCCAGACAAAGCAUCCCCGUGGCAGAGGGACCCUCAGCCAGUCUGAGCCCACGGCUGGCAGGGACAGAGCCGGCCAGCCCGGCUGCGGGGUGCCGGGACAGACGCCGGGGUUGGAGAGCAGCGGCACGGCGAGCACGGGCACGGGGGACAGCCCGCAGGGAUGAGGCAGCUCCAGCGUCAUCUGGAAAAGAGCGAAGGAGUUUCAGUCUGGGCUCAUUAGAGUCCUGGAGCGACGCCAUGCAGCGAUGCCAGCAGUCAGUUUCAGGUCAAAGAGCGGGACCACGACGCUGGAGUCGUCACCAGCCCAAGCAGCCGCUCCCAGGCACGUGGCAGAGAGCCGCAUGUUGCCCGAGCCGAGCUGCGCGGGACCAUGGGCCCGGGAGCUCGCCGUCGCACCUCCCCGUCGCUCCUCACCCAGCAUCUCCUCCCUCAGGGUUUUUGGUCCUCCCAGCCCCACCGGGCCAGCGCGGCCACCCGCUUGCUCGCACCUGCAGCCCCGGCCGUGGUUACCCUGCAGGAUUUCAACUCCGGGGUGAGCCCCGGCGGCGGCAGCGCAGGACACAGGAGGGACGAGAGCGUCCCCUCGCUGUUAAGGGCCGUGGCGGAUGGAAGAGGUGGGUCCAGGCAGGGCAGAGCGUGGACAAGCGGCUCAGCCCACGGACGCGGGGCUGGACACAGCCCCCUUUGUAAUUCCCUGCGUACCCGCGGUAUCGUAUUGAGCCUGUUGGUGUGUGGGGACAGGGCGGCAGCUCCCACGAAGGAUGCAAGUCCCUCCCCGCUCCCGGCACGGCUCGGGGGGGCUCUCAGUGCUGGGUCAAUAAAGCCUGUACUCCA